UCCACACAUUCCAUUUACAGGCACCGUUACAGUCAGACCUAACGCACGUCGUGAACACUUAGAAAUGGCUACAGCAAAAGUGACCAUUUUGUCUAAGGCCCAAUGGGUCAGACUUCCGUCUGUAUUCAAUCAGCCCAAAGAAACCGAGGUGUACAACAUGCAGGCAGAGGUAGAGACACAUACUCCGACAUCUAACGUUAGUGAAGAGGACAAACCCCUCUUGGCCUGGCAAAACAUGCAGGAGGAAAACCAAGCAGACCAGCGUGCCAGAGGCAGAAGAUUCAACAGUGUAGUCUUUAGGAAAUGUCUGGAUAAUGAGAAUAAGCUACUGAUUGAAUUGAAGAGAAGAAAAGAAAAAAUGGCUAAAGAUGAAGACAGGAAGAACGAGGAGAUGAUGCAGUCCAAACGGGAAAAAGCUCUGAGACUAGAGCAGGAGAAAAGCCUUCAGAAGAAGCUUCAAAAUUGCACUACGGCAAAAAAUCUGAUACAGCAAAUUAAAAAAAGGGAACUGCUAAAAGAGGAAGAGAGACUGCAGGAAGGGAAAUAUGCAGAAUUCCUCCGUAGCCUUGAUGAACGGCAUGCACAGGAGCUAAGACAGGAGGCGGAAAAAAAAGCUGAGUUGAAAAAAAGUAAUUUACAAAACCAGCUGGAAAAUAUGUCCAGAAGAAACCUCAACAUAAAGAGAGAGGCGCAAACACUUUGGACAGAGGAGCAGAAAGCCAAACAGGAUCAGCUUGAAAUGGAAAGAAAGCUAUUGCAAAGAAAAACUAAAGGGGUACAAAGUUUCAGGAAUAUCCAGACACCUAAACAGAUUGUUAGUGAGAACCUGAUGGCCUUGCAGGAGGAGAAGGCUGCCACCAUGGCUUUGACGGAGGAGCAGAUGCUUGCCAAAGAUUUGGCAGAUAGAGAGGCUGAUCUGGCAAAGCAGCAGAAGGAGGAAGAGGAGAAGAGGGCAGCAAUGUUUCAGUCUAUCGCUGCCCACAGACAGAAUAAGAUACGGGAGAAAGAACAAAAUGAAAAGGCAGAGCAUCAGAGCGAUGCGGACUGGAUUCAGGCUCAGAUGGAGGCUGACAGGUUGUUCCUACUCAAGGAAAAAGUGAAGGCCCAGAAGAUCAGAGAAGACAAAAUCAAAUUACAUAACUUCAACGUUGCCGUGGCAGCUGAAAAACGUGCCCUCCUUGAGGAGCUCAAAAGGGAGAAACGUGUUGCAGCGAAGAAUGCAGAACAGUUUGCUGUGAAGGAGAAACAACAGCGGCAAUAUAUUGAGAAUGAACUCCUUGACGCUGCAGAGAACCGUCCUUUGUUUGAGGAAUGUCGGAAGCUGCAAUUUAGCAAUAAAAAAUCCAACAAGGUCCCCCUGGGGACGACCCUCCGUCUGCCUCCCAUUCCCAAUGCAGCUCAAAACACCUUGGCUUCAACCAGAGGAGGGUUCGCUUCCCCUUUAAGCGUGGAGGGGUCCAAAUGUCUCUUUGCAAACACCAACCAGCCAUUGCCCAGAUAUUCCAGUGCUAAACCUCAGCAUAUUAAACAGCUGCAUGAUUACAAUAAACUGGAGCUCACAUAUGAAGAGACCAGGCUGUUUGACCUGCAACAGAUCUACCUCUCCUCUGCACCGGCCUUCUCCAAGCUCCCUCCCAUCCCAAAUGCAGUCAAGCAGUCCAAAAGAGCGAUGCUGAGAGAGAGCUGA